AUGAAUCAUGUAUUAUCCAAUGAAAUUUCACCAUUUCUACAAAGUUUUAAUAAUGAUGAAAUCAAGGAGAAAUUGAUAACUGUAAAGCCAAAAAUACGAACAACAAUGACAACAACAACAACAACAACAACAACAACAACAACAACAACAACAAUAGCAACGCCUAUAACAACACAGCCAAUUUUAUUAAGCCAUUUAACAUCAGUAACUGAAAUGGAUGAAGAAAAAAGAGCUAGGAUAGAGGCUAGACGGCAUAAAUUGGGUCCAUUAGUAAAAUCAGUACGAUAUCCGUACAAUCGACGAAAUUGGCAUCGUAUCAUUCUAGCAAAAGAUGGCUCAUCACAUUUUUCAAAUCGAAUACAAAAUAUUAUUAAACAACAAUUACGACAGCAGCACCAACAACAACACCACCACGACCAACAACAACAACAACAACAAUACCAUCAACAACAACAGGAAAAAAAACGACCGCGUUUGGGUGGAAUAUUACUUUCAAAAGCUAAUAUAAAUUCGAAACUAUUCAUCAAUGAAGCAGAUGAAUGGCCAAGGGAAAUAAUAAAACCAACAACCACUACGGCAAUUACCACUACGAUAUCUGUUACUGAUUUUUACACCGAUACAACAACAACCAUUGAUACCACUUUUACUGAUACCGCACCAAUUAUUGUUAUUCCAACAACCAAAUCUUCUGAUAUUACUUUUACUACUGCUACACCAAUUAUUGUUAUUCCAACAACUAAAUCAUCUUCUGAUACCAAUUCCUCCGCUUCAACUUCCUCCUCUUCCACCUCAAUUGCAGCUACUAUUUCAAAAUCGAUUGAUUUCAAUAAUGUAACAACGAUUGAACCGAAAUCAUUUCCAUUCAGUACAUCAUCAAAUGAUUAUCAUUUUCGAAAAAUUACACCAGCAAAAAAAUUUAAAUUUGCUCAGAAAUUUCGACGACAACCACGGCUUAAAAUACGCAAAUCAGACAAAAGAAAACCGUUAAGAGGAAAUCAAACAACUUCCGGGCGGAAUCCAAUUAUUUUACCGCAACUUGAACCGUUAAAUUUGGAGAGUGAAAUUGAAGAAACGAACGAUGCAAAUGAAUCUGAUAAUGGUGAAUUCCCAAUUGAUGAUGAAUCUGGUUUAAUAGAAUUUGGUAGCGGUAAACCAUCAUCGAUUGAUUUUAAUAACGAGACUGUUGAUAGUUUUGAUAACGGUGAUCAUAAACAAUCGACAAAUGAUCCUGAUAACAUAUCGACAAAAAAAAUUGCCAGUAUAGAUUCUUCAAUUGAAGCAGAAAAAACAACUUUAUUGCAAUCUGCGGAAUACUUUGGUGUAACACCACCGGUUAAUUCACAACCGAUAUUGAAAAAUUCCGGAUUGCUUCCAGCAUUACCACCUUCCGAUUUUGAUGGUGAAUUUGGAACUGGAAAAGGAACAAUACUGGGAAAUGCACUUCAUGAAACAAGACCAGAAUUUAGUAAAUUUUAUAAUGGAAUCGAAGAUUCGAUAUUCACCGGUGAUUCGGCAUUAACACCAAAUCGACGUGGUCCAUCCGGUGAUGGUCUUGGUCCACCAAUUCCAUCCGGUGCAGCUAUACCACCACCGGUACCAGCAGUUGGAAUUGGUGGUUCAGCAGCUGGCGUUAUACCAGCAAUAUCAAAUCAUUUGCUUAAAAGUCAAAUUCCUCCUACAACAAUUAAACCUUCUGCACUAUUGAAUUUUCUAAGUAAAGCAGAUAUUGGUUUCAAUCAGGCGAUCAAUCAUUUUGAGCAGGGUACACCAAUUGAAUCCGCGGCAAUUGAUAUUUUGGAAGUUGCAUUAGGUAGCGAAAAAUUAGAUAGUCAGGCUAAAUUGCUAGGUCAUAUCGAUCGGACCAUUGGUAUUGAUAAUUUGCAAAGGUUGCAACGAUGGGUAAAUACAGGUGGUGCAUUGGAUGCUAUCAAAGAACAGCUUCUAAAAUUUGCCAAGAACUAUAGUAUACCGGACGAUUUGUUUCCUACCGUACCACCGCAGCUGCAGUAUCUUUUUGCUCCAGGAAGGAAACAGUAG